AUGUCAUCAUCCAGGACGAUUCCGAUGAAGAGACGAAUCGACAACAACCACGGUUGCGGCGGCGGCGGAGGUUUCCAGGAAGAUCGGCGUUACGCGCCGCCCCAGAAACGUGGAAGAUUUCAAACUCAAACGCGAUUUCAACCGGCUCCUCUGUAUCAUUAUGGUAGCAAUAACAUGUCUAGGGUUUCGAAUUACGGUGGUGAUGUGAUUGGUUCUAAUUCAAGCAAUAGCUUUCCUUUUGCUGUACGUAACAAUGAUUCUUCUUCGCAAUCUAACACCAAUUAUCAGAUUCGUAACCCUAACCCUAAUCCCCAAUCGGUUCCGCUUCCUUUACCUUAUCGUAAGCUUGAUGAUUUUGAGUCGUUGCCUGAAUGGGUUCCGAACCGGUCGAAUUUCCCAAUUAGGUCUUCGAAUAUCGUACCGGUUAACGCUCCGUUGCCUUCUUCUCAAGCACCUGUGUUUACGAAUGUUCUCAAUCCAAUGCCUAUGGUUUCAAUUGUGUCUCAAGCGAUGCCUCAACAACCAAUUUUGAGCAAAGAGUUGAUUGAUUUACUUAACCUUCUUAACAACAACAAAGAGAAAGACAAAGAGAACCCAAGUAGUCUCGAUGAAGCUGCUCUUUGUCUCGAUUUUGGUUCUGUGAAUCUUAAUGUUCGUAAUGAAUCUGUGAUUAAGUCUUUGUACUCUGAUAUGCGGAGGCAAUGUUCUUCGUGUGGAGUUAGAUUCAAAUGUCAAGAAGAACAUAGCAAGCACAUGGAUUGGCAUGCGAGGAAGAACAGGUUGGCUAAAGAAGCAACCACGACCAAAGCCAACUCAAGGUUGAGCCAGAAACCGAAGAAGUCACGUGAUUGGUUCGCGAGCGAGUCUCUAUGGCUCAGUCCAGCGACGGGAGCCACGGGCGAAGCGGCGGCUAAAGCAGCUUUUGGAGAGAAGACGAAAGUAGAGGAGAAACAAGAGCAGCGACAUACUGUUCCUGCUGAUGAGAACCAGAAGCUGUGUGCUUUGUGUAUUGAGCCGCUUGAAGAGUUCUUUAGCCAUGAGGAAGAUGAUUGGUUGUACAGAGAUGCUGCGUACUUGAGCAGGAAUGGGUCCGGUCCUAUUGUUCAUGUUAAGUGUAUGCCCGAACCACUAAAAAUGCCUGCUAAGGAUUCGAAAGAGACGAUGGUUAUGCCUGUUACGGUUCCAUUGGUCUGUUGA